CAAUUAAUAUUUUUUUAAAAAGGUAGUGAUAUCUUCCUAUCACGGAAAAGAACAUUUCUGUGUUUUGAGUGUCUUCAGAGUUUUAGGCUAUUCCAUGAUAUAUGAAUUUGACAUAGAUGAACAUUAUGAAAACGAUCCUAGAAAAAGCGUGGUAUAUAGAGAAAAUGAGGACGAAUCUGAGGCGAAGUACAACAGGUCUCUACGGUUACCAAAAGAUUCGGAGGAAAAAUUAACCAACACGAGAAAAAGUAUUCAGAAAGAUGACAUCGCACAAAGAUCUCGGAGGAGUUGUUCUUAUAAACCAAUAUUCCUGAAUUCCAACUUCAAUAACAAAAGAGAAAAAAUUUGUCUUGGGAAUCGAUCUUUUAACGAAACGAUGUGCAACAGCACUGACUACUUUUUACAAUGCGUCAUUAAAUCCAGCUCACGAAGGAAAUUUGUUUCUGUCAUCCAAAAAUCUGCACCGGCCAAGAAUGCUUCCUCUAACAAGGAUAAAAUGAAGUCAGAGAACGUUGUGGUGAGUGCGGGUGCUCUUAUACAGAAAGAGUCUGUUUUAAGUAAACUGACGCAUCGAAUUAAAGCAUCGGAGAUGAGUUUGAUGAAUCGAUAUUUGCAGCAGUUAAGUGAAUCGUAUCGGCAGCAGAUGGAAGAUAUGCAAAUAAUGUUCAACGGAACCAUGGAAGCUAUUAGCUUAGCCUCAGAAAAAGCAGCAGUCAUCGUGAGUAUACGUUAA